AUGAGGAGCGCGCACAGCCUGGUUCUGUUCUCCCUGGUUGUCCUUUACGGGCGCGGGAACUGCCGUGUGGCCAAUGCCGAGGAGAAGCUCAUAGAAGAUCUUCUGAACAAAACCCGUUACAACAACCUGAUCCGUCCAGCCGCCAGCUCCUCCGAGCUCAUCUCCAUCCAGCUCCAACUUAUCCUGGCCCAGCUUAUCAGUGUGAAUGAGCGAGAACAGAUCAUGACCACCAACAUCUGGCUGAAACAGGAAUGGACAGAUUACCGCCUGGCCUGGAACAGCUCCCGCUACGAGGGCGUCAACAUCCUGAGGAUCCCUGCAAAGCGCGUCUGGCUGCCUGACAUUGUGCUGUAUAACAACGCUGAUGGGACCUACGAGGUAUCAGUCUACACCAAUGUGGUGGUCCGCUCCAAUGGCAGCAUCCAGUGGUUGCCCCCUGCCAUCUAUAAGAGCGCUUGCAAGAUUGAGGUGAAGCACUUCCCCUUCGACCAGCAAAACUGCACCCUCAAAUUCCGCUCCUGGACCUACGACUACACAGAGAUCGACAUGGUACUCAAGACACCUACAGCCGACAUGGAUGACUUUACUCCCAGUGGUGAGUGGGACAUCGUGGCCCUCCCGGGGCGAAGGACAGUGAACCCGCAGGACCCCAGCUACGUGGAUGUGACUUACGACUUCAUCAUCAAACGCAAGCCACUCUUCUAUACCAUCAACCUCAUCAUCCCUUGUGUGCUCAUCACCUCAUUGGCCAUCCUUGUCUUCUACCUGCCCUCCAACUGCGGUGAGAAGAUGACGCUGUGCAUCUCCGUGCUGCUGGCUCUCACCGUCUUCCUGCUGCUCAUUUCCAAGAUUGUGCCACCCACCUCCCUGGACGUGCCACUCAUUGGCAAAUACCUCAUGUUCACCAUGGUGCUGGUCACCUUCUCCAUUGUCACCAGCGUCUGUGUGCUCAACGUGCACCACCGCUCGCCCAGCACUCACGUCAUGGCACCCUGGGUCAAGCGCUGCUUCCUACACAAGCUGCCCACCUUCCUCUUCAUGAAGCGCCCCAACAGCAGCCCCACCAGGGCCCCCCAGCCCAGUCAGUCGCACCUGACCAAGACCGAGGCCACCUCCUCCACCGUGGGCCCUGCCAUCCCCUCCAACUUCUACGAGAAUUCCAUGUAUUUUGUGAAUCCUGCCUCUGCAGCUCCCAAGUCUCCAGCUGGUGCUGACUCGGCAGGAAUCCCCAGGGAUCUCCGGCUGAGGGCCUCUGGGAGGUUCCAGCAGGAUGUUCAGGAGGCCUUGGAGGGUGUCAGCUUCAUUGCACAGCACAUGAAGAGUGACGAUCAAGACCAGAGUGUCAUUGAGGACUGGAAGUUUGUGGCCAUGGUGGUUGACCGGCUGUUCCUGUGGGUGUUCGUGUUUGUGUGUGUGCUGGGCACAGUGGGGCUCUUCCUGCCUCCCUUCUUCCAGACCCACCUGCCCACCGAGGGGUCCUAGGCUGCUCCGCAUGUCCACAGGCCCACAGGGGUACAGGGUGAGGUGAAGUAAGUGAGUGGGUAGGCAGCUGGCUGCUUUCUGAGUCACUGCUGAUGAGGGUCUAAAUAAAUCAUGUGACCAUUAGGCACUGACCUCAUCAAACUGGCUACGACUGUGGGAGGGGCAAGGAAGGGGGACCUGGACUGUCCUCCCCGAAGGCCUUGGAGGAACCCCGGGAAACUCUGGCAGAGGGAGUGGGCUUUGGACAGUUUAAUCCAAGCCUGUUUUCCUUCCCUGCUCUAGGCUCUUGGGAUAGAGAUGAGCAUAAGAGCAGCACCUACUAUGUGCUGACAUCUUGCCCGUACCCUGGAUGACCUCUCCACCCACACCUCCCUCCCCACUUCCUGUCCACCAGGCUUCAGCCAGGCUGGCCUUCUUUCAGUCAAACACUCCAGACCCCUCCCAGCUCAGAGCCUUCUACUCGGAAAGCUAUUCCUCCAGCUCCACCAUCCAGGGCUCUGCUCCAAUGUCACCUCCUCCAGAGG